AUGGCUCUGUGGUCGUCGUCAUCAUCAACAUCGUCACCAAAGGGGAUAGUGAUAACAGUGCCAGCGCUGGUUCUGGCGGCCUCAGUGGCCGCAAUCUUCUUCUUCUUCCUCUUGUCCUCUUUGUCGUCGUCGUGCUCUUGUGGUGGCCGCGACGCCGGCGGUGCUCCUGCUAUUGCUACCGGCGGCGAUGUAAGUGUAACACGUGCCGGCGAUGGUGGUGGUACACGUGUCAGCGUGUCAGAGGGCGGAGGAGAGUCAAUAUGGUCGUCGAAAGAGGAUGUGGAGUGGGUGAAGGAUCAGAUCCGAGUGAAUGGGUUGCAUAUGCAGGAUAACGUGUUGCGUAAAGGAAUUAACCCUCGUACCAGAGCUGAGCAGCUCCAAGAUCUCUUGCAAUUCAAGGGUAUAUCUCACUAUGAAGGACCUGAAUCGGAAAACCACACCGCCCUCCCAUGCCCUGGUGAGCUCCUUACUGAAGAGCACCACAGUAACUAUGGUGAGCCUUGGGCAGGUGGGCGAGAUGUUUUUGAGUUCCUCGCUCAGUCCACCCAUCUGAAGCCUGACUCACAUGUCCUUGAGAUUGGCUGUGGUACCCUCCGAGUCGGUUUGCAUUUCAUUCGCUAUCUUAAUGCUGGACACUUCCACUGUCUUGAAAGAGAUGAGCUAUCACUAAUGGCUGCCUUUAGAUAUGAGCUUCCUUCCCAGGGUCUUCUGCACAAGCGCCCUUUGAUUGUGAAAGGCGACAGCAUGGACUUCAGCAGAUUUGGUUCAGAAGUUGUCUAUGACUUGAUCUAUGCUAGUGCAGUGUUUCUUCAUAUGCCUGAUAAGCUUGUCUGGGUUGGAUUAGAGAGAUUGACAAAUAAAUUGAAACCUUUUGAUGGGCGAAUCUUCGUGUCCCAUAAUAUUAAGUUCUGUUCGCGAUUGGGAGGAGACGAAUGUACAAAGCAGCUUAAGAGUUUGGGCCUGGAGUACAUUGGAAAGCAUACACAUGAUAGCUUGCUUUUUAAUCACUAUGAAAUCUGGUUUGAGUUUAGGCGGUCCAAGGCUUAG